AUGUGUUAUCAGGGUAGUGGUACAGCGCGCGGUCUCCUGGGAGAAGCCUCCAGUUACUUGUGCGCUCACGUGACUUCUUUCCUGUUACUUCGUGCUUCUAUCGAGGAGAGGGGUUAUGAAGCAGAUCAGUAUAUUGGGGAGUCUGCUCUAUGUAUAAAGAGGGGGUCUCAGGCAAAGAUUGUAGCAGAAAUGGCGCAACACAUCAGAGAAGGGGACAGAAUAUUUGUGCCCUGCCUGGACGACUUUCUCCUUGUAGAAGAGGCAAAGGAAAAGAUUAUAUCCUUGGCAGAAGCACAGCUAAACUCCAUGAAAGCGGUUCAUCUCAAGGGAGAUCUGAACUUCAGAGCAGAUUAUAUCAGCCGUCACCAGAUAUCUCAAGGAGAAUGGCAACUGAACCCAAAGGUGAUGUGUAUGGAGAUGUCCUUGUCCUGUUCCUUCUCUAAUAACAUCUUCAUGACGGUUCUCCUGGACAAGACUUGUCUCUCACUUUUGCAGCACAUCUUUAUCAGUACAACCUCCCAGCAGUGCAACAUACGAAUGGAGAGUAAGAAUGUUAUGGUGUUCAAGAAAAUGAAGUUUAUCUGCCGUAGUCCCUUCUGGGAUCGUUAAACCAUUACUACAGCUAACAUGCAGUAUAUUAGUGGAUAGCUUAUAACACAGACUAUUGGACAGGAAAAUGGGAACCGAAAACUGCCGAUGGGCUUUCAGAAUGCAUAUUUUUCUCUUGGUUCCUCUCAGUAAAG